AUGGAUGACAGUUUCAACAAUGUGCUGGAAGGGACGCGUCAGUACUUUAUGGGAUUUCCAAAACAGGCACAACAGGCACCAGAAGGAAACGGCCAACAAAUGUGGCCCGGAAAUAAUUCGACCGAAGAGGGGACUCCUGCUCUGUCAGGGGCUCCAACGCCUUCAUCGCGGCCACCAUCUGCUGCCGCUGCUCCACCGCUAACGCCAGCAUCAACGUCUGUCGCAACGCCGCCUCGUCCGCCUUCUGAGCCUAUUGAACCUGAAGCUCAUAUUAUACAUAAAGCGACAGUUAUGCGUGAAGCAGCGGAAAAACGUCGCGAGCAACCAGAAAUUGAAGAUGAGGAAGAAAUGGGAGCGUUGUCACCACCUUCACAUAUCAUAAGAAAGCCAACUCCUCAUACGUUACCGUCGCCGGCAUCGGCAACUGCUGUGGCCAGUCCUUCUCCGGUGCGUCCUCCAUCUGAGGCUCCUUUACUCCCACCGAUGGUGCAAGAACCAGUUGAUCCGUCGAUGCACUAUCACAAUUCAGCCCAUCGUGUACAAACACCGACAGCGAAACAAUCUGAACAUUUUACACCAGGCCGCACACUUGAUCACUAUUCCGUAUCGAGGCCUCCAGAAUCUUAUUCGCGAUAUCAGUAUGAUACAAAUAUCAGUGAAAAUGGCAGGAGCUCUCAUGGGCCUCCGAUCGCUUCAUCUCAACCAUCUGUAAUACCACGUCAAAGUCCACAGACUUAUGCGAGGAUGUCAAGCACCAUACCACAACACACCGUAAAUCGUUAUAAUGAGUCGUCGACGUCCAGCAAUGCUGCGCAGCGUUAUUCUUUGCCGAACUCUCAAGCGCCUCCUCCGCACAAUGAUCGAGUCCCACCAAUUCAUCAUCCGCAACAUUUGCCAACGACUAAAAAACUCACUCCUAUAGAUAAUCGGACUGGGCAGGGUUAUUUACCUGUUCCACAACGUCGCGACUCUCCCUCUUUUAAUCGUCAAACGGCUCAGUACGAAAGACAUCCAACACUUCCUCCACGAAAGUAUGAUCCACAACAAGCAUAUUCAGGAUAUCGGCCAACGCCAACUGUACCUGUUCCUAUACCAAAUCGUAGGUUGGAGACCCACCAACAAGUUCCAUAUAAACACGGAGUGCUAGAUGUUAUGAAUCAACAUUAUUCGGCAAAAAGUUUAGAUCGAGUUCAAGCUCAGCCCUCAUUGCAAACUUAUGAAGCGUCUCGUUUACCUUCUCGUGUCGAUUAUUUUACUAAGAACAGGACUGUAGAUUCAAGAAACAGCUACCAUUAUCCGUCUACAUCUGCAACUCGAUAUACGACGAGUGCUAUCCCUACCUCUCAAAACAACCCUACGUUGCAGUCUCAGACGCAGUCUAGAACUUCAUAUCGUACAGCAGCAGCUCCAAAGACUAAUUACGAGUAUUCGAAUUCAAACAAUGUACAAAUCUCACCAUCACGCUCAAUGGCAAAACCGGGUUAUCCUAGUCAGCAGGCACGAAUGACCGUAUCUGUAACUUCAAUAGUAAAUCAAAUGAACCAGACGAAACAAAAACGUGAAUCGCCUCUUGAUUUGUCUGUAAAAACGGUUAAAAAUUCCGCAGACUCUUCUACGACUCAAGAUGACUCGAUUGAUUCUGCUUCCAUGAAAAAUGAGAAUGUUCCUAUACAAGCAAGGCCAACACCUAGCAGUCGAAAUGCUCUAGUACCGGGAUACGCUGGUUCUCAUAAAGUAGACUUUGCACCUGAUUUUGCUCAAUAUAGAGAAAGGAAUAUUAGUCAAGGAUAUAAUACAAUUCAAAAUAUUCACCAUCCCUUACGUUACAAUGGAGCCUACGUUUCCCCACGGCCAGUGGCCGAUUCUUGUCCAGUUGAAUCUCGUCAUCAAUUGCACAUGGAACGUAGUAAACACAUCGGCCCAGUAAGUGGUACCGAUAACGUUCCACGUAUUGAUCUUACCAGACAAAGCGGUGACGACCGUUAUGCGGAAAGUAGAGUUCGUGACGACCGUCAAUUAAUAAUCGAGGAUCGAAAACGCCCCACGGGAGCGAUUGUUAGUAACAUUCCUGAAAAAAUUGUUCGAUAUGAAACUUGGACUUCAGACAGUCGGAUAGACACUCAUAUACAUCAAUCAGUACGAGAGCAACAUGAGUUAAUGAGUCAGCCUGUGUAUAAUUAUGCAAGUCAUAAGCGAUUCGAAGCUUAUCAUAAUGAUCAAAAACGGUCCGCAACGGCAAGUGGAUACCGAGAAUAUCAUUCACAUCAACGGUACUCCGGCAAUCAUUAUACAGAAAUAGUGAAUAAAGGAGCAAAUAAUCAUCAGGUUCAUUAUCAUGAUCGUAUAUCAUCCAUUAACAGCCGUCACAUUAUUCAAAAGAUUCCGAGCCAUAGAGAUCUACAUCCGAUUCAUCUAGAUCCCCAUAACAAUGUUCAACCAGCGGAUAAGAAAGUUUUGAGUAUAUUACGAAAUAGUUUAGAAACUAAACAAACAGGAUAUUUGGAAUCGACUAAAACAACAAGACCGAUUCCUGAACUAAUUGUUAUAGAUGAUGUCGAUGAUUCUGUGAUAGAAAUAACAGACGUAUCAACUGAUAACGAAAUAGACGCCAAAACUAACAGUAAUCCUAUAAAUAAUCCAAAUAAAAAUGCGCUUAGUUUUGGGCAUCACAUAAAAAUGCCAAAAGCCGUAGAUUCAAUAUCGAGAGAUUCAGAUUAUCAAAAAUUGGAUAGCCCAGAUUCAAAAACAAAAUCUCCUGAAAUGGAUGUGGCUUCAAGAAUACGAACUAAAGCUGAAUUAAAAGUAAUGCCACCGUCGCAAGACAAUUCCACAAAAACAGAUUCCAUAUUUGCCGAUACUGAUAAAAACAAACCACUUCCAAAAUCACAAAAACAACAUCUUUUUAAUCAAAUUCGCGAAGAUCUAAGGUUAGAAUCUGUUAUUAAGAACGAAAAACCAGUAGACAUUAACAUUCCCGAGGUAAAAACGGAACCUUUAAAUAUUGAAGAAAUAGAAAAGGAUGCUGUGAUACAAGUUAAAUCUGAGAUUAUGUUAGAGCAAAUACAUUCAUUGGGAGAGACUUCUAACAAAGAAGAAUUUGAUUUAGAUUGGGCUAACGCCUGUGAUAAUUUCAUGGAACAGCUUAAAACUGGGUGCCACAAGAAGAAACUUCUCAGGAAACGUAUUAGUACUUUCGACUCAGAAUAUCACAACAAAAGUGACGAACCACCAAAAGAUGAUGUCAGAGAAUUACAAUUAGGACAAUUAAAUCCGACGUUGCCGUCUAUUACUGAAAUUAAAAAAGAGCCCAUCGAUGAGGAUGAAUUGAAAUCAGAAAAUGAAAGAUGCUCUUCUACUCUCACGAUUACUCAGACAGAAACGGUAGUCAAGUGCAAACCAAAUGACAAGCCAGAAAAAAAUAAGAAUAACAAAAAUAAUGAUGUUGAGAAAACUAAUAAGAAUAAAAGUAAUGCAAAAAAUAAACAUAAAGCUUCAAAAACUGAGUCACUACCCGUUGACAUUGAAUCAGAAAAAACAAAAACAGAAGGCUUAAAAGAUGUUAUCAAAGAAGAAUUAGAAUCAACAGAUGAUGAUGAACCACUAAUAAAAAGUAAAUUGUUAAAAGACAAGCAACGGAAUUUAAAAUAUCAAAUGUUAAAAGAUUUGUCUGAAAAGUCUGCUUAUGUAAAACUAGAAUGUUGUGAUGAGCAAAUGAAUGCUAAUGUUAGGAUAUCCUUAGACUCGUCAUCAAAAGAAGAAAGGCAGAGUAAAGGCAAGACUACGCGGCAAAUAUCGAGAUCAAAAGUAAAAUCCUUGUCUAUAGAAAAUGUGAAAAAGGAAAAGGUUAAUAAUGAUUCUAGUUCUGACAGCGAUGAUGAAUUAAGUGUCGCGAGUAGGCUUCGUGUGCGUAAAAAUAUAAAAACAGAAGAUAAGAGUAACUCACAGAAAAAUAUAAAAUCCUCUCCAAGAAGGUUGGAAAACAGUGGUACUGGUUCACCCUUAUUACGUAAAUCAGGUUUUGGCGAUGGUUCUGAUUUUCGUCCUGGUUGGGAAGAGGAAUUGUACAGAUACAAAAGAUCUUUACGAAUGCCUACUAGUCUUAUCGCAAUUCCUAGAGGUCGUUCGGGAGGGCCCUUCGUUAAAGGAAGUGGCGCACAAUUUUCAAGAGGCUCAACAUCACUACCCGAUUUGGAUUCUGUUCCACUCUCUCCAGCCCCAUCAUCCGUACCUUCAGCUGCUACAGACGACUUGUAUAGAAGACCAGAUAAACACAGUCUUGACAGUGAUCUUGAAUCAAAUUCUAGCUGUUCUGCUAUUAAUAAACUUCAUUACGAUUCUGAGGCAUCAAGCUCUACUGUUUUUUCGGCAGCAAGGGCAAAGAAAAAAAGCAGUUCCAUUGUUGACGUUCUCAUUCAGAAAUGUGGAAAAAGAGAAGAAACAAGAAAGAAAUCAAAAGGUAAAGAUGACAAAACAGCUAAAAUUAUUCCAAAAUCUUCAAAUAUUGCCGAACUUUUACCGACGCCUAGUUUAGGUCUUGUAAAAAAUGGAAAUAAGGGAAGUUUAAGUGCAAAGAAAGAAAAAUUAAUGGAAGAUAUUUUUUAUUUAGGUGCUUUUAGAAAAAAGACUGUUACAAUGUUUAGAACAGCAUUUAUAAAAGACACAGAUGGGUUAAUAGGUGCUACAGAAGAAUUUGCUCCAGUUGUGCUUAAAUCACGAACAAGAACGGAAAGUAGAGUAUUAAAACAAAGGGCAACUAUUAAAGAGGUUUUUGGCGACGACAGACCAGCAUCUGCUCCACCAACAUCAUGUAGAGAGGAUCAAGAAAACGAAGAAGAACCACCUAUAUCAAUAAAAAAAGAGCCUGAAGCUAAACCUAAAUUUAAAACAAAGAAAAUUGCUAAGGACAAAUUAAAACGAAGGUCUAGUUCAAUUAGAGAUGGAUUAAGAAGCACCAAGUCAUUGAAAACAAAUGAUGCUAAGGGAAGAUUAAUGCGUUUAAAGAAAAGAAACAGUUUACUGAAAUCUUUUGUACAAAAGAGGAGAAAGGAAAUGUCUGGUAAUAAAAUAAAAAAAGAUAUAAACCAAGCAUUAGACGACAAAGAUAAUAGUAAGGAGGAAGGAAAUUCCACGGGAACAGCAGAAGGUAAUACAAAAAGGCGCUUAAAAAGACUGUUUGGUAGACGAAAAUUUAGUUCAGGUUUUGAUUAUAUAAGAAAAAAGAAAAAAAUAAUAAGACGCGAAAAUAAUGCUCCUAAGAUUCGACGAACAGCUCCUAAACCAAGCCCAGAGUCCGUAAACGAUAUUCAAAAAGAAAUAAAAAGUUGGUUUAUUAAUAAAAGCAUUGGAGAGACGCAUCUACAUCGCGCUGCAAGACUUGGUUUUACCGAUUGUGUUGCAUAUUGCCUAGAAAAAAUGGAAGCGGAUCCUUCAGCUAAAGAUAACGCUGGUUUUACUCCUUUACACGUGGCAUCUGCAAAGGGUCACGUAAGAAUUGCUAGACUUCUCCUUCAAUAUGGAGCUAAUGUGUCUGCGGCUGCGCAAGGUGGAAUAAGACCACUUCAUGAAGCCUGUGAAAACGUCCAUGUUGAAAUUAUAAGAUUGUUAUUGUCGUAUGGAGCAGACCCUCUCCUAGGAACAUAUGCGGGUCAGACUCCCGAGGAAUUAGCUGAAGGCCCAGCUGCUAAGUUGCUACGAUUACAUAUAGCCGACGUUCAAGGUCGUGCAGUAGAACCUUGGAGAUUUCCGCCUCCCGGGGAGAUAAUCGACCGUGAAGAAAACGGGUGUGAUCCUUUGUCAUCGCCCCCACCCGCGUCUCCGCCCCCUCCCCCAGACUCAAUGAUGGAGAUCCAGUGCACCGAUGCGCCGCUACCGCCUUUCUACAGCCUAAGGACCCCUUCGGGCCAGCCAGCCGAAGGCCUUUGGUGUUUGUUGCAAGACAUCACAAAUAUUUUACAGAUAAAAUCGAAAGAGAGCUUAUUGAAACAAAUUCACUGUGGGUCGGGAUCGCCUAAGGAGCUCCUUCGUGAAAUAAGAACUCAAGAAUUUCUUGAGAGGGCACAGUGCCAUCAACUUUUAUGUGCUGGAGAAAAAGUGAACGUUCGCGCGUCGAAAGUCUCUCUUGUGCGCGUUACUGACAAGCUAAGACAACUGCUGAAGAUUGAGACCGUCCUUGUUAGCUGACAUUAGUUACAUAUUCAAUGAGAUUUUCUAAUGGAUACCCUAUAAUGAAUAUCUUUAACUCUAUUUAUAAAUAUUACGAUUGAACAUUAUUGUGGGUGAUUGAUUCUGUUAAAUUCGUCGAUGUCGCUGGGAAGUAUUUCGUAUAGACAAAAAAGGAACUAUUUAAAAAACAAAUUGUUUUAAUAUUUGGAACUGAGAAUAAAUUAAAUUAAUCGAAUAGACUUAAAGUAAAUGGGAGCAAUUGGGAGAAGAGAGUAAUGAUAUGCUAUUUUUUCAGCUCGAAUUCAACGUGUAUAUGCGGUUACAGUAAUAGAUCUAAGAUCUCAUAAUAAAAUAUUCAAAAUACGUGUACUAAAAUAUCUUAUGUCUAUCCUCUGUAGAUUAAUAAAGUGAUCUUUAUAUCUAGUUUUGACUGAUUUUAUGUAAAAUACAAUGAUUUCUCUCAUUUAAGAACAAAAUAAUAUAUUUGUUUUAUGAGACUGUUUAAUUUAAGGCAGCCAUUACAUAAUCAUUACAUUAUUUUACAUUACAUAUUCGAGUGACUCUGUAUAGGUCGAUUGAAAAGUAAAUACCACAUGCUCUAUGGAAACACCUGUAUUUGUAUGUUGUAAAUAUUGUAGUUUAUUGCAAAUGUAUAUAGUAAAUAUCGCUUUAAUUGUAUUAUACUCUCAUGGGUGCUAUUUAACAUUGGUGUAUGGUGUUUAUCAGAUAAGUUAGGUAAUUAGUAUAUGCGGCAAUGAUAAUAUAAUAAUAGGAAAUAACAAGUUAAAGUUACCAUAACGUAGUUUAAGAAGUAUAGCAUAAUCUUGAGUGUGCAAUAGUAUACGUUCGUUGUGAGCGCACCGUAGAUAAAUUUGUAAAAAAUUUGUAUUUAGAUGCUAAAUAAACAUGCACCUACGCGUGUAUUAUAGUUAUAUAAUUAGAUGCUUGUGUCAAUCAAAAAAGGCAUAAGUUAAACGUUGUCUAUGUGUUAAAAUUUGUAGCAUUUCGGUUUAAUUAAAUUACAAACGAAAUGCAUUAGCAAUGAAUUGGGAUCGCUUAUUGAUGGCCUGUGUUGGAAAAAAGCAGUUUUACACGAUAUUAAAAAAUAUAUAUAUAUAUAUUUAAUUUCGAUGAAAUAAUAUUUACAAGUUUCCAGAAAUUUUGAAUGUCUUCAAUAACAACAUUUUAAUUAUAAAUGAUGAAUUGUAUCUUUUUGAGAUUAUGCUAAUGAUAAGUAUGAUUAUUACUUAGAUAUUUUCUAUUUGAUUUUUAUCCUAAAAUGUAACAAAAUAUUUUUUUUUCAUUGUUAUGUUUGUUAAUAUUUGUCUGCCUGACAUAUGUUUACUGUACAAUUAUUUCUUAUCACUUAUUUUUAAUAAAGUUGUUUUUAUUUAUACAGUCCAAUAAAAAUUAGGAAAUUUUAUUAAAAUCGUAAUUUUAUUUCAAAAAUAAUAUUAAACUUGUAAAUAUAUAACUCAAUUUGUAAACAGUAGUAUAUUAUAAUUUAUUUUGAAUUGGUUGUCUGAAUAAUGCACUAAUUAUGUUUGAAAGAUUUUUGUAUUAUUCAAUAGAUAGAUAUAUAGGAAAUAUUUAAUCAGUUUUAUUUUGCCAUUAUUAAUCCAAUUUCCGCCCUAUCUUAUUUCUUUGUGGAGAUAAACAAACAAGUACAUGAUUGAUCUGUGAUGAAAUAAUAUUAGGAGAAAAUCUUGCUUGCGGAAAUGGUAUGAAAAGUUAAAUUAAAACAUUGCAAGGGAAAAUAACUGACAUCUUUAUAUUAUAAAGACUUGCACACUAACUAAAUUGAACUGUGUAAUGUUAACUGUCUGUAAUAAGCGGUACCUACAUCAUAAGUAUUAUUACCAAUAUUGACACAAUAUUUCUUGUUGAUAAAGUGAAAAAUAAAGAAAGUGAUCGAUGGUAAA